AUGGCAGAGGAACCAGAGCCCGAAGUGCCGCCGACGACGGCCGCAUCAAGCAAGACCGUUGCGAAGCCACCGUCGUCGUCCUCUGUGCCAUCAACUCUAGCUCUCGUCGGACUCUCUAUAGCCGUGGCCGUCGCUGCAACUGUCUUCUAUACUCCUGUUGAAAGUGUCCAAUUAACACAUCAACAGACUCAAGAGCAACUCUUCCGUGCAGCGCUGCAUAUUCCUCGCUCCCGCGGCAACCUCACCCUUGCGAAUGCAUCGUCUAUUCCCACGUAUGGCGAGCUUCCCAAAUACGAGACGGACAUUGUUUCGAUGGACGUUCAGUUGUUCUUGGAGCCACGGACGUGCUCUUCAGUGAAGCCGGCGCUCGUGAGCUCGUCGUGGGUGCCUGUAAAGAGCGUGAUGCAAUUGCCAGUGGGCACGCUUCGUGCAAAUCAGUCGGUGUUUAUCAUGCGGAACGGCGCGAACGAAGGGCUGCACUUUCGAUGGGACGGAGAUGACAGUUGCUUGCAUGAGCUGGCCCGAACCGCUGCCCUUUCCCUCGGCGUCCCUCCGCUCCGACUCGACAAUGGUGUGCGCUUGGCGUCGCAGUACAGCCUGCCCCUCUUGAAUGCCGCCGACGUGGAGGCUUCGAACCGUAUCGUUCAUGUCCUGCUUGACUUUGAUCUGUGGGUGUGGCCUGGUAUCGAAGUCAACUUUACGUACACCUUGCAUGACAACAUGACGCUCACGACCAAGAGCUUGUCGCCGCGUGUGUUGUCGCUGGCGAAUUUCAUCACGCAAGACGAAGCGAACGAAAUCAUUGCUCAGGGCGAGAAGUACUUGAGGCGAUCGCCGACUGGGGAGUCGGUCGAAGGCACGGUGUCGGACAUCCGCACGAGUUAUACGGCAUUUCUGCCCGACACUGCGUUUUCCAGACUUUUCCAACAUCGAAGCGCGGCCGUCGCGCGGCUGCCGAGCCCGUCGUACGCAGAACGCAUUCAGCUCGUGCGAUAUCGCCCCGGCGAAUUUUACCGACAGCACUUGGACACGAUGUCGUCCAAGAAUAUUGUGACACCGCCAAUCUACACCUACGACGACUUUCUGAAAUGGGCGAGUGUUGCUGCGGCAUCCUUGGAUGUGCUCGACAACGAGUCGAUUCCUGACGGGUUUCGGCCAGGCCAGCCGCUCUACCCGAAUGGCAAAGACGUCAAGUUUGCACGAGCAUUAGUUGAGUUGUUUUGGAACGACGGCGUUGCCAACCACUUCUUUGAAAGCCGAGACGAAGUCGAGUGGGAGCGUUGGCUGGCGGCCAAGGUCGCUUCGUCCAGUGGAAACCCUUUGAGACAGCUGCUCAAACCCAACGCAAAACCAGACUACUUGAUCCACAUCAUUCGGAUGUGGGAACGCCGUUUGAAUCUGCCUGCCGUGACUCCAUACAACGAGUUGCCACGUGCAGCGACUGGUCUCUCGCAUUUUCUCCGUUGGAUUCGAUGGGCGAAAGAACGCAUCAGUGGACUUGGCGACGCCGUUCCAAAUAGCAUUCGCCCGAGCGGGAAACUGUACCCGAAAUACGACCAGUAUUUCCAAUACGAAAUCAUUCGACUGCUCUUCAAGCACCACACGACGGCCGAGUUGAUCACGCUCUUGACGAAGAAAUGGUACGACUUUUUGGUCGAAUACAAGGCUCGGCGGGAUUGCAUCCACAUUUUGCUGCAACAAGUGCCAGCGUUGGCGCAGGCCGUGGCGGACACGUGGGAAAAGGAAGUCCAAAUGCCCGAUGGGAAGCUGUCGUACAAGCUGCCCGCACAUGUCCACCACAUGACGCCGAAUCGCUUUGUCACCUUGUUUAUGUACCUCAACGCGGUCGAAAGCGGCGGGGGCACCGUGUUUCCGUAUGGUAGCCGCGUGACUCCUGCUGACGUGGAGAUUCCUUCCAAAGGCAUGGAGGAAUGCGGCAAGGGAUUGAACGCCCCUCCCACCGCGUUUGGUGCGAGCUUGUUCUACACGCAAACCCCUGAUCAAGAAGUCGAUCCACUCGCGCUGCAUGGAGGGUGCCCACCGCAAGGAGGCAUCAAGUGGGGCUCCAACUCGUUCAUGUGGAAUGCCGAUGCCGGCGAAGGCAGUGACUUUUGGAAUUAA